UUUUCUGAAGGUAAGUUCACGCGCAGCUCCAGUUUCACACUGACAGCAGACGAGGAAGUCUUAACGCUGUCCGCCAGCAAGAGUUCCUCUUUCAAACAAGAAAGAAAUUGAUCAGGAUCAGCGUGUUCCUGGCUCUGGAGGGAUGACACCAAAUCUUUAAGAAUUCAACAAGCACCAUUUUCAAAUUUUCUGUGCUGUUGAAGUCACUUCUAGGCCUUCAUCCGACAGGAUUACACACCUCAUCUGUCUAAUGUUCUCAUCACUGAGCUUCAGCGCGAGAUGCUGCUCUGGGAGUUGGGCUGUUUGACAGAGACUCGGCAGAAAUGUCGAAGUCAAGUGGGAUGUCCAACAGUGAACUUCCUCGGUUCCUCAUUGGAAGUGAAGGAGGUGAAAGCAGAGAACUGGACGACAGAGACAUGAGGAACAUCUCAGGGCCUUACGGAGAGGAGGAGGAGGAGGAGGAGGAUGAAGAUCAGUCAGAGCGUCAGAUCGUUGUGGGAAUCUGCUCAAUGAUGAAGAAAUCGAAAUCUAAACCAAUGACAGAGAUUUUGGAGAGGCUCUGUAAGUUUGAGUACAUCACCGUGGUCAUUUUUCCAGAGGAGGUUAUACUUGGUGAACCGGUGGAGAAGUGGCCACUGUGUGACUGCCUCAUUUCCUUCCAUUCCAAAGGUUUUCCCCUUGACAAAGCAGUGAGUUAUGCCAAACUAAGAAACCCCCUUCUUAUCAACGACCUCAACAUGCAGUAUUUCAUUCAAGACAGGAGGGAAGUGUACAGGAUUUUAAAGGAAGAGGGCAUUGACCUUCCACGCUAUGCAGUGUUGAACCGGGACCCUGACCGACCAGAAGAGUGUAACCUUGUAGAAAGCGAGGACCAUGUGGAAGUGAAUGGAGAAGUGUUUCAUAAACCCUUUGUGGAGAAGCCUGUCUCUGCUGAGGACCACAAUGUCUACAUCUAUUACCCAACCUCAGCCGGCGGGGGCAGCCAGCGCCUCUUUAGAAAGAUUGGCAGCCGGAGCAGUGUUUAUUCUCCUGAAAGUACUGUCCGUAAGACUGGAUCUUACAUCUACGAGGAGUUCAUGCCCACAGAUGGCACUGAUGUCAAGGUUUACACGGUAGGACCUGAUUACGCUCACGCAGAGGCCCGUAAAUCUCCUGCUCUGGAUGGGAAAGUGGAAAGAGACAGUGAGGGGAAGGAGAUCCGCUAUCCUGUGAUGCUCACUGCAAUGGAGAAGCUCGUUGCCAGAAAAGUGUGUCUUGCAUUUAAGCAAACAGUUUGUGGUUUUGACCUCCUCCGAGCAAACGGCCACUCUUUCGUCUGUGACGUUAAUGGUUUCAGCUUUGUGAAGAACUCCAUGAAGUACUAUGAUGAUUGUGCCAAAGUCCUGGGGAACAUGGUGAUGCGAGAGCUGGCUCCUCAGUUCCACAUCCCCUGGUCAAUCCCCAUGGAGGCGGAGGACAUCCCAAUCGUCCCGACUACCUCAGGAACCAUGAUGGAGCUGCGUUGUGUUAUUGCUGUAAUUAGACAUGGUGACCGAACGCCCAAACAGAAGAUGAAGAUGGAGGUCAGAAAUGCCCUGUUUUUCGAAUUGUUUGAGAAAUAUGGUGGAUAUAAGAGCGGAAAACUCAAGCUGAAGAAACCAAAACAACUCCAGGAAGUGCUGGAUAUCGCUCGUCAGCUGUUGGCAGAACUGGUCCUGCAUAAUGACUGUGAGAUCGAGGAGAAGAAAUCCAAACUGGAGCAACUGAAGACGGUUCUGGAGAUGGAGUCCAGCCUGAAUGAUAAUCAGUAUGGACAUUUCUCAGGCAUCAACAGGAAGGUGCAAUUGACAUAUCUGCCAAAUGGCCAGCCGAAAGCAUCCAGUGAGGAAGAAGACACUUUGAAGGAGGGUCCGUCUCUGCUGCUGGUGUUGAAGUGGGGGGGUGAACUGACUCCAGCAGGCAGAGUUCAGGCAGAGGAGCUGGGCAGAGCUUUCCGCUGCAUGUACCCUGGAGGACAAGGUGAUUAUGCAGGUUUCCCUGGUUGUGGUCUUCUGCGUUUACACAGCACUUACCGCCAUGACCUCAAAAUUUACGCCUCGGAUGAGGGUCGUGUGCAGAUGACUGCGGCGGCAUUCGCAAAGGGUCUGUUAGCACUGGAAGGAGAGUUGACCCCUAUCCUGGUUCAGAUGGUGAAGAGCGCCAACAUGAACGGGCUUCUGGACAGUGACAGCGACUCGCUCACCGACUGCCAGCAGAGAGUCAAAGCUCGACUACAUGAGAUCAUGCAGAAGAGCAAAGACUUCAACGAUGACGACUACAGCAAGUUGGCUCCCACAGGCAGCCCGUCUCUGGUGAACUCAAUGGGGAUCAUCAUCAAUCCAGUCAGGACCUGUGAUCAAGUUCACACCCUCAUUAAAAGCCUGACCCAGCAGAUCUGCAGAAGACUGGAAGACCCCAAAUCUGCUGACCUGCAGUUGUACCACAGUGAGUCUCUGGAGCUCAUGCUGCAGCGCUGGUCUAAACUGGAGCGGGAUUUCCGGAUGAAGAACGGCCGCUACGACAUCAGCAAGAUCCCGGACAUCUACGACUGCGUGAAAUACGACACACAGCACAACAGCUCUCUGGCUCUUGAGGACACGCUGGAGCUCUUCCAUCUGUCCAAAGCCCUGGCAGACAUCAUCAUCCCACAGGAGUAUGGAAUCACUAAAGCAGAGAAGCUGGACAUCGCUAGUGCCUACUGUCUGCCGCUGGUCAAGAAGAUUCAGCUGGAUCUUCAGAGGACUCAUGAGGACGAGGCCGUCAACAAGCUGCAUCCACUGUGGUUCAGGUACUCGCGGGGUGUGAUGUCUCCGGGUCGACACGUUCGAACCCGGCUCUACUUCACCAGCGAGAGCCACGUGCACUCCCUGCUCAACAUCUUCCGCUAUGGAGGCCUGCUAAAUGAGCAAAAAGACGAACAGUGGAAGCAGGCGAUGGAUUACCUCAGCGCUGUGACUGAACUCAACUAUAUGACGCAGAUUGUUAUUAUGCUGUAUGAGGACAAUAACAAGGACCCUUCCUCAGAGGAGCGUUUUCACGUAGAGCUGCACUUUAGUCCAGGAGUGAAGGGCUGUAAGGAUGAGGAAAAUGCACCGCUGGGUUUUGGCUUCAGGCCUGCUUCCUCAGAGAACCACGAGAAGCAGACGGACCCAGGCAGUCUUGAAGACCUUUCUCAAGAUGAGCCUGACAGAGCGGCACUCACUGAGCCAAUCAACAUUCAGAAGAAGUCACCGCUGAUCCGCAACCGCAAGGGUGGAUCUAUGGAGGCUCUAUCAGAGAGCAACCCUUCAUCUCGUGGCCUGGCAUAUCGUAUCUUCCCCUCAUCAUCCCGUCAAUCACCAGAGAUCAAACCCAGCAGCCUAGGAGCCCAGUGUGCAGGCCUCUUCAGCGCCUCCUUCCCAAACCUCAGAGAUCUAACACGAGCGCCACGAAAAAAACCCUCCUCACUCAAGAAUCUGUCUUCUCAAGCCGAGCUGCUCUCUAUGCCGGCAGUAAAGAGAUUUUCUGUGUCGUAUGCCAGGCAUCCGACUAAUGGGUUUGAAGGUUAUUCACUGGUGCCCUCCAUCUAUCCCCUGGAGACCCUGCACAACUCGCUGUCCCUCAAACAGGUGGACGAGUUCCUGACUGCGCUGUGUAAGAACGGGAGUGAAACACAAUUCAAGAGGCUCAAAACUCUGUCUGCCAUGUUUGAGUCGCACUCCCAGCCAUCCAUAGAUGUUGAUAGUAUGGAGACCCCAGUGACCACCCCGGUCCAGAGCCAGCCAACUGCACAGUCUUUAUGGUACACCGGUGGUCCUCCCAGUACCAGCUCCGGACCCUCGUCUCCUUCUGUAGCAGAUCCCUCAUCCAACUUCGCAUUCAGCAGCGAAUGAAUGUCUUGCAAGUAUUUUUUUGAUCAGUAUCUGUUUAAAGGUUGAGGUUAAGAUCGAUAUGAUCCUAUUUGUAAGCUGCUAAUAUUGUGCUAUCUACACUCGUGCCUGAACAAAACAGAACCGCUUAGGCAGAGAUUCAGCUGAUUGGAUCUGUCAGCAAAUACAGCUCUGAAACAAGUAAUUAGCUCUUCCGGUGGAGUCAGGUAGUAAUUAUGAUCUCCGAGUCAGUGGCAGAAAGAUAGAGCCAAUAGAGACAAUAGUAGUUGUGUUCGUGUGUGUGUGUUUUUUUUGUCAUCCCACACCAAUGCAACUCGAAUAAAUAGCCAAAGGAGCACACAGACCAAUUAAGAAUAAGGAUUUUGAAUAUUUAAUCAUUCAGAUCUAGCUUUACAGAGUCAGUUUAAUUUUACCACUGUUGUUUGGUUUAUGUAUAUAAGAUGUUUUUUUGUGAUUUUUGUUUGUUUUAGAUGUUUUUGAUUAUGAUUUAGAUGAGAUUAAAAUGAAAAUUGCUGUAUUUUUAUUAUAAAAUGCGAAUGUAUUGUUUGGGAAUUAUUAAAUGUGUGUAAUAUGAGCAUUUCAAGAACUGUUUGCAAUCUCCAGUUGUGUUUACUCUGUGAAGUUUUUAAAAAAAGUAUAUUUAAUUUUAGAGAAAUAUAUUACUUAAUAAACAGCUGUAAAAGUG